AUGUCUGUGACUGCGCUCCAAAGCUGGCAUCCUGGCGAGGUUGCGAUUCAGCGCAGGCUUGGCUUCGCUAAUGCCGUCAAGCAUGACUGGGCUAGAGUCAUCAAUCUCAUGCCGACCCAGCAUCAGAUCUUCUUCUCCUCAAAUAUACAGUUCCUGCCCCUGACCACAAUUGACAAAGACGGACGACCGUGGGGCUCAAUUGCUUCAGGUCCCAACGGCGAUAUCGGCUUCAUCCAGAGCCCAAGUGCGCGUUCACUUUCAAUCCAUGUCAAAAGCUGGGUGGGCGACCCGCUGCUUAAGACACUGAACGAGCUGACUUCGAAAAAAUGCUCUCGACUGGCUGUGUCAGAGAGACAACUGACAGCCGGGCUCGGCAUCGAAUUUACGACGCGACGUCGGAACAAGCUCGCCGGCUUUGUCGCCGAUGCAGAAGCGCUAGGGGAUCUAGAAUAUCGAGUAGAGCUGACUGUGACUCAAGCACUGGGAAACUGCCCAAAGUAUAUCAAUGUUCGGAAUCUCGUCUCGUAUCCCGAAAGCCGGGCUGAGGUUCUCUUUGACAAGCCUCAACUAUCAGCCCAGGAGCGAUUGCCUGAUAAGGUGAUUGAAUUUAUUCAAAGCGCCGACACGGUGUUCAUGGCAUCAAUAUUCAAACCAGCGCCCACUAUUGCUCAGAGAUAUCCAGCCCAUGCGGGCAUGAACGCUCGAAGUGGCUUACCAGGCUUUGUUCGUGUUCGCCCGUCUGAUGGCAGAACUGUGGUCAUCCCAGACUAUUCAGGAAACAGAUUUGUCUCCAGUCUAGGCAAUAUUGAAGCCACUGGGCUCGCGGGACUGACUGUCGUAUCUUUCGACACAGGCGAUAUUCUCUAUUUGACAGGAGAAGCGAAAAAUCAUGUCGGCGCGGACGCUCUCGAAAUCAUGGCUCGGCACGCGAGUCUCACCACUCUGACAGUGACGGGGUAUACCUUUGUUCGAAACGCACUUCCUGUACGUCAAAAGCAGGGUUCGUCUGUUGAACGCAGUCCAUAUGAUCCCAAAGUGAAGUAUUUGGUGGAGGAGGAAGGGGCAGAGAACAUUGCCUCCGGUUCAGCUAAGGCACAUGUCCAAGAAGCUGUACGACUGUCCCCGGAUCUUGCGAUAUUCAAAUUUAAAAUCAGCUCGGGGUCCUCAAGUCCACCAGGAAUGAAAAUCCAGCCUGGCCAGUCCGUUGUUCUUGAUUUCAUGGAGUGGAUUGGACCGCCUCAGUAUCGACAUAUGGCGGAUGCCGCACCGGGGUCGAUCAAUGACGACAGAGUCCGUACAUGGACAGUUUCAAGUGCCCAUGAGGGUCAAGACGUUUCUUGGUUUGAAAUUACGAUGCGCAAAAUGCCAGGGGGCGUAGUGACGGGAGCUUUGUUUGAUCUGCUCGAAAAUUCCAGGAUAGACACGAGAAACGGGGACACGGUCAAAUUCGACGGCUCAGUUCAUGCGGAGCUCGUUGGCGUCACGGGUGACUUUAUUUUGGAUCCUUCAGAAAGUCUUGACGCACUAUGGGUCGCGGGAGGAAUCGGCGUCACGCCGUUUCUAGCCAUGCUUCAUGCCCUCGAACAGCGUCAUUCAACGUCACAGGGCGACGUCUGGCUUGUCCUCUCCACGCGCGAGCCGGACCUGAUGCUGAAGUUGAUUUUCCCGUCCUUGAAGAAGAUUGCCCCCAAGAUUAACUUCUCGCUACAUGUUUUCACUAGCGUGAGUAAUCUUGACUCGAGAGCGAGGAUGGAGUUGACAAACUUCAACAUUGAGAUCCAUCGAGGGCGAGUGGGUUCAGCCUUUUGGGACACCGUGCCGAAGACGAAGGAUGUCUUCAUUUGUGGGCCCAAUGCUUUCGGCACCGCAGCAGAGAGUGGAUUGCAAAGCGCUGGCAUUCAGCCAAGUCAGAUACACAGAGAGGGCUUCUACUAG